AUGGUCCGUUCCCGCUCGCGCUCCGACGUCGACAGGACCCCCGCCUCGGAGCACCACCCGUCCUCAACCUCGGCCACCUCGUCCGCGCCGUACCCACCGACGCCCGACCUCUUCCUCCUGUGCCGCCCUCCUCCAUCCUCGUCCCGCCACGAGCUCGACGUCCAGGUCCAGCUCGUCCAGCCGGCCGACCUCGCCUCUCGGCGUUCGGCGCCCGAACCCCCGCUCGCCGCGCGGCCCGACACGCCCGCGAGCACAGCCGGCCGCUCGUUCGACGCCGUCGCAGGUGCCCAGGUCGGCGGCGGCGGCGACAGGGCCGGAACCGGGUCGCAGAGCGGUGGUGAGGAUGACGACGAGCGCGCGCCGGGCCGGUCGCCGCGCAGCCGCAGCCCGUCCAUCUCGUCGACGCGCACGGGCACGAGCCGCGACAGCACCUAUACGGACGGCACGAGCGCGUCGGGUCGCAGCGGGAGCGCGAGCACGGGAGGCGGCGGCGGGGGAGGUGCGGGCGGCAAGCGUCGCAUCGUGCCCCUCCUCGCGCUCGAGUACCACACGCUCCUCCCGACGACCGUCAACGACGCCGGGACCGGGCAGCGCGUCGCGAGGUUCCACCGCCGCGGGAUCGAGCUCACGGGCUUGACCAUGCUCGACCCGACCUACCUCGCGUCGACCACCUCGCCCUCACCCUCCCCGAACGCCGCCGCCGCCGCCGCCGUCCCCGAGCCGUCGUCGCCCGCGUUCCUCGCCGUGCCCGGCACCGCCGCGAGCCCGCACAAGGCCGACAGCGGCUCCUUCUUCACCAAGCUCAAGCGCCGCUCGGCCAACCUCUCGGCCGGCGCCGGCGCCGGCGCCGUCCCUCCCUCGCCGACGUCCUCGUCCUCGAGCGCCGCCGCGCCCGACUCGCUCCCGCCCUCGCCCCACCUCCUCUCGCUCGUGCGCACGCCGUCGCCGACGCCCAACGGCGCCGACUCGUCGCCCCGCUCGACGGUCGGCUACGCGUUCCUCCUGCGCAAGUGGCUCCGGUCCGACCUCGUCGACGCGCCGCGCAGCGUGCGCCUCGAGUGGACGCGCGCGCCGUUGCGGCGGCGCCCGGUGCGGUCUCCUGCUGCUGCUGCGGGGCGCCCGAGGAGCGAGCCACCGAGCGCGCCGGCGAGCAGGAGGGGGAGCGAGACGGCGGAGGCGGCAGGGGCGAGUGGUGGUGGUGCCGAGGACGAGGACGAGGGCGAGCCGGACGAGGAGGAGGAGGAGCGCGCGUGGCUGUGCACGCUCGUGUACCCGCUGUCGGGCGUCGCCGCGUCGCCGUCGCUCGCGGCGUCAGGCUCAGGCUCGACGAGCCAGGCGUCGUCACCAGCGCCGAGCCCGCCGCUCGGCAACAGCGCCGGCUUCCUCCUCCCUCACACCUCCUCCUCCUCCUCUCCGGCGCCCACCGCCACCGGGCCCCCGACGACCCGCCGCCUCCUCCUCGCGACGCUGCGCCCGGCGCCUCACCACCCCAAACUCGUCUCGACGCUCCUCCUCCCGCCCUCGCUCCCCUCGAUCCCGCUCGGCACGUUCCACCCUUCGCACGGCCUCGUCGGCGGAGCCCUCGCGCCCGAGGACCUGCGCGACCUCGCCAUGGUGACGGCACUGUGGGUCGCCGUGCGAGAGCGCCUCGGCGGGCUCGAGGGCGUCGCCGUGGGCGAUGGGCUGGUCGGCGGUGCGGCGGCGGGCGGGAGCGCGCUCGGGCUCGCGGCGAGUCGCAGCGCGGGGCCGUCGGCGGGCGAGGGCCACGAGGCCGCGGCGGCGGCGCACCACCAGCUGGGAGGCGGCGUCGCGGCGCAGCUGACGGAGAAGGCCGGGCUCGCGCUCCAGAUGGGGACCAAGCGGGCCUCGAGGGCGAGCGGGUUCGUCGGGAGGCUCUUUGGCGCGAGGUGAGGGC